AUGAGUGCACCUGGAAUGUUUUUAAGUAAUCCGUUCAAUUUUUCAUUUACUUUCAACACCGACGGAUGCAGUAUAUCUGAUUCUUCUACGUCUAGCGCCUGGCCCUUGUAUGUUCAGAUUAAUGAAUUAUCACCACAUUUACGGAAAAAACAUACUAUGCUGGCUAGAAUUUACGUCGAUAAGAAGAAACCUGUUACGAACGACUUUUUGAAACCUUUUGUAGACCAAGUUUACGAUUUAUUUACUACUGGUGUUUCUUGGGAGUCAAGUUCUGGUAUGGUUCUGUCAAAAUUUGUUGCUCUCAUAUGUUCCGUUGACUCACCAGCCCGCUCAUCAAUUUUACAAAUGAAGCAAUACAACGGUGAGUAUGGUUGUACUUGGUGUUACGCUGCUGGAAAAAGUUUUUCAAGACGACAUGUGUACCCGGUUGGUAAGAAUCCUAUCAAGCUCAGAACUGAUCAAGAAAUACGAGAUGCUAUGAUAAAAUCUCAUGAGACCAAUACAGAAAUUAAAGGCGUUAAAGGUCCGUCAGCUCUUAUGCUAUUACCGUUAUUCAAUUUAGCAAAAGGGAUGGUAGUUGAAACGAUGCAUUGUUGUUAUUUAGGUAUUAUAAAAAAACACUCUCAAUUAUUAUUUACGAAAGACUAUGAUAUCAUUAGUGAUGAAAAAUUAAAAAAAAAACAAAAAAGUAGUUGUACCUUAUUACAUCGGGAGGCCUAA